UUGCCUUCCUCCAUUCGCAAAACUAGAAAGAAGCCAAAAAAGCCAACUGAAAAAGUACCUCAUCAUAAUCUCAGAUUCGUUCUUCGUUAUUUUUGAUUGCAGAGUUUUGCGAAGUGGAGGUGGUAAUUUGGCGUUUCGGAAGAAAAGAGCUUCUGUGUUUUCCCCAUAUUGAUUUGUGAGUUCCGAUCUUUGUUACUCAUCUGUUUAUUUGUUCCUCAAUGUAGCGUAGGGCUUUUUCUUACCCUGUUGAGGUGGCUUAGUUCUUGAACUUGUUGCUCGUAUAAUUCUGGGUUUUGGUUUUCUUGGCGCAGUUUUUUCUGGGUUUUCAUUAGAAAACGUAAAAUUGGGGGGUUUUAGGUUCCUCUGUGCAUGUAUGGAUCAAUUGUGCUUUUGUUCUGUUCAGCGUUUAGCUUCCUGUUUUUAAAACAAACUCUAAUUCUGUUGGUUAGAGGCGUAGAGUGUGGAUCGUUGAUGGUGCAUGUAUUGUACUCUAUGAUAGGUAGACUAGCUGAAAAAUUUCGUGUUUCUGCCAGGAUAUGAGAUAAGAAUGUUUCGAAUGUUUCUCUUAUAUCUUCUCAAAUCUGAGGAAGGGAUUAAAAUAAAACGUUCGCACACAUUUGGUUUUCUUAGCAAAUUGAGUACCCAGGUCUCGUGUUGUUAUACUUUCUCGGUGAUUUAACUAUCUUUCCAUUGUUGGUGCAGCCAGUAUUGAAUGAUCAAUGGAGUCGAAAGGUGGCAAGAAGAAGUCUAGCAGUAGUAGUAAAUCAUUGUUCUACGAAGCUCCCCUCGGUUACAGCAUUGAAGACGUUCGCCCAAACGGUGGAAUCAAGAAAUUCAGAUCUGCUGCUUACUCCAACGUAUAUUCUUCUGCCCACCCCUUAUUUUUGUCAUGGAAACAACAAUGUUUUCUUUCUUCCGGCGUUCAUGAUUUUAACUUGUCUUUUAUGUGUUUUUUUCUACAUGCAGUGCGCUCGCAAGCCAUCCUGAGUCCUGCUAAUAGCUUGCUGGUUCAUUUAGAUUAUUGAUAUUAUAAGUAGGUUUAAAUAUCAGUUUCAUUCAAAUUCUUCCUCUCUUCCUCACUCGCUCAGCUACCGUGAUCAAACUGUGAGCUUUCUGGGAAUUCGCUAGAAUCUCUUGGUGUUGUUUGCUCGACUGUCAUCUGUUGGUCUAUCUUCUGGUGUUGUGACAUUUGUUGUCGAGUGUCACGAUGACAGUCUCUGCAAUUGGAUUUGAAGGGUAUGAAAAGAGGUUAGAAAUAGCAUUCUUUGAGCCGGGUAUCUUUGCUGACCCGGAAGGGAAGGGCCUUCGAUCUCUGUCGAAGGCUCAGUUGGAUGAGAUUCUUGGACCUGCUCAGUGCACCAUUGUCGACUCACUUGCAAAUGCUGAUGUGGACUCCCAUGUCCUCUCCGAGUCCAGCCUCUUUGUGUUCGCAUACAAGAUCGUCAUCAAAACUUGUGGGACAACAAAGCUGCUUCUAUCUAUACCACCUAUCCUCAAAUUGGCUGAAACCCUUUCUCUUAAGGUGAAGUCAGUGAGGUACACACGUGGCACUUUUAUCUGUCCUUCAGCACAGCUAUAUCCUCAUCGUAGCUUCUCUGAGGAAGUCUCUGUACUCGAUGGAUAUUUUGGGAAUCUCGGUUCUGAAGGCAGCAAGGCCUAUAUCAUGGGUGGAUGGUAUAGCCAGCAGCAGUGGCAUGUUUACUCUGCUACUGCAGAUGCUGCUGUGGUUGAUGAACCAAUUUACACCGUGGAGAUGUGCAUGACUGAUCUUGACAGAGAAAAGGCUGCAGUGUUCUUCAAAACCCAGUCUCCUACUGGGGCUGUGAUGACUGUCGAUUCUGGGAUAAGGAAGAUCCUACCAAACUCUGAAAUAUGUGAUUUUGAUUUUGACCCUUGUGGCUAUUCCAUGAAUGCUAUCGAAGGCGGUGCUGUUUCCACCAUUCACGUGACCCCAGAAGACGGAUUCAGCUAUGCAAGCUUUGAAAUGGUGGGAUACAACCUGAAAGAAGUGGGUCUGAAGCAGGUGGUCGAUAGGGUGCUGGCUUGCUUCAAGCCAAGCGAGUUCUCCGUAGCUGUGCAUGCUACAGAUGUGGCUGGGAGGAAACUGGAGAAGGAAUGUGCCCUGGAUGUGAAGGGAUACUAUCGCGAAGAUAGGAGCCAUGAAGAGCUCGGGAUUGGAGGUUCUGUUGUCUAUCAGAAGUUUGAUGCUGCUUCUUCUGAGGAUACUGGAUCUCCUAGAUCAACUCUGAAGUGCUGCUUUGAAGAGGAAGACUAGGAAGUUUGAAGCUCUAUUUCUUGUGUUUCUGAGUCUGUUAGUCGGAUGUUGUUUCUUGUGUUUACUUUUCUAUCAUUGGUGUAUGGUAAUUUGGAAUUUGUAAUAAAGUGAGGUUACUACUUACUACUGACACCUCAUGAGUCCUGGAUAGACCUUUUGGACCACAUUGUUUGCCAAAUGUUUUUGUUUUAUGUUUCCUUCUUCGUAAAUAUAUGACAAAGGAUUGGACUAAGUAACUAUUUAUGCAGUCGCUACUUGUCUAACUGCAUUCAUUCGUGCGUCUAAUUGUAUUUAUGUUUGACGAACUAGUAGUAGUGAGGCGUGUGUAAAAGCACGACCUACCGUUUAAAAUCUUACGAGAUUGCUUUUGUAAUUGGAAGAAUAGGCUUCGUUCAUAUUUGCUUUUACAAUGGAUGGUUCUUGAAUUGAUGUAGUGGUUCUUUAUAAACUAUAACAAUAUUU